AUGUGGCUCAUUGAUGUGGAGACAAGACGGCUGGCCGAGUUUAUCGGUCUCGAGGUGCCACCCUAUGCGAUCCUUUCGCACACGUGGGUCAGCGGCCAAGAGGUCACAUUUCAAGAGCUGAGGUCUCCCGCAAUCCCGGACCCCACGGCGUCCUCGAAAAGUGGAUGGGAGAAGAUCGACAGGACCUGCCGCCAGGCGGCUCGAGAUGGCCUGAAAUAUGCCUGGGUGGACACUUGCUGCAUCGACAAAUCGAGCAGCGCUGAGCUGUCAGAGGCCAUCAACUCGAUGUUCCGUUGGUACAAGCGGGCAGCAGUCUGCUACGUCUUCCUAUCGGAUCUGUCCCACUUCUCCUGGUCUGAAGAUGCGGGGGGGCUGCAAGUGUGCAUCGAACAUUUACGAUGGUUCUCGCGCUCGUGGACGCUGCAGGAAUUAAUUGCACCAAUGCACAUCAAAUUUUACGACCAGGAUUGGAAGUUUUGCUUCACCAAGGAAAUGGCCUCGGAGGCCCUAGCUCGGAUCACCGGAAUCGACGUCGAUAUUCUCAACCAUAACACCGACUUGUCUACUGUCUCAGUGGCCCAAAAGAUGUCGUGGGCUGCAAGAAGACAAUCGACGCGUAUAGAAGAUCUGGCGUACUCGCUUCUUGGCAUCUUUGGCAUCAACAUGCCUCUAUUGUACGGGGAGGAGGAAAGGGCUUUCCUUAGGCUCCAGGCAGAGAUCAUCAGCUCGUACCCUGACCCUACCAUCCUCGCCUGGAUGCUCCAGCCGGAAACUUCUGAGCACAUUUUAGAACACCCGGAGGAUUCAUACAGGUUCGAGGAGGCGUUGAUGACCGAGCCAUGGAACAAAUGA